AUGAGUGUUGAAGAUGUUCUAGCUUCCCAAGACGAGUUGUUUCCCAAGGCUAUUGUAGUCCCAAACCCUAUAUUUGUCAUGGGGGAAGCUCUUGUUAGCAAUGAGAGGUUACAAGAACUGCCAACACAUAUGUGUUACUUGCAUGCAUUGUACCCGUCUGCCGCAAAGAAUGGGAGAAUAACGAUCGUGCUCCGUGUCCCAGAGGAGUACUACGCCGGCCGACAGGAAGAGAUCCAUGUCGAGAUCGAUGAACUCUUCCAGAUGUACAAUUUGGAAGGCCUCAACAAAUCUCUCAUGCGUUGCUAUUGUCUACUGAAGAUCCUGGUCUGGAAAAGAAAGGGCAUCGUAAAUGUCGGGUUAAUUGACCCAGAUAAAGUACAUAUACAUACGCUAACUAAUAUGCCCAAGGAGACGGAGGGAAACCUUCUAAGCUUCCACUGGAUUCUUCUAGAUAUUCAAAUUGAUAAUGGAAGAGUUGAUGUCUACGACCCAUUAACGAGAAACUUGGAAGGCUUCCAAAGCAUGCAAGACAUGAUCCAAAGGGUUUGGAAGCGGUUCAAGUCCGAGACUGCCGGUAUCUCUCAUGAGAAGCUAACGUUUUGGAGUGUUCCGUGCGACCAACAGCCACCGGGGACACAUCUGUGUGGAUACUUUGUUUGCGAGUUCAUUCGCACAUUUACCUCUGAGCACAAAGAUUUAAGAUACAACGAGAGCCUAAAGAGUGUGCUGGCGUUGCUCCAUCAACACCCCAAAAACAUCCGGGGCAUGAUGACCACUGUUGAUCACCUCAAGCGCCUCUGUAUCGACCACUAUUUCCAGGACGAGAUCAACAACCUCGUGGACUCAUGGGCGGAUCUCAACCAUAGCGAUGAUCUGUUCGAUGCAACCCUUUCGUUGAGGCUGAUGAGAGAGGCUGGAUGCUGUGUUUCAGUAGAUGAGGUUCUUCAGAAGUUCACAAACAGUAAUGGCGAUUUCAACCUAGGUCAUAGCAAAGACAUCAGAGGUUUGCUAAGCUUGCACGAUUUGUCACACCUAAACAUGGGAGAGGCUUCACUCCACAAGGCAAAAGAGUUCUCAUGCAAGCACCUUAUAUUCGCAAUUGACUAUUUGGAGCCAAACCUUGCAACAUAUGUAAGGAAAUCCUUGGAGCAUCCCUACCAUGUGAGCUUGAUGCAGUACAAGGCAAGACACCACUUGAGCUACCUCCAGAGCUUGCCCACUAGGAACAUUGCAAUGGAGAAGUUGGCACUUGCGGAGUUUCAAAUUAACAAGGCGCAACAUCAGAGCGAAAUGCAAGAGUUUAAGAGGUGGUGGAUGGAUCUGGGAUUAUCUCAGGAAAUACCGGCUGCAAGGGACCAGGUUCUGAAAUGGUACAUGUGGCCCAUGACUGUCAUCGAGGGGUUCUCCUUCUCUAGAUAUCGGAUUGGGAUCACAAAGAUCAUCUCACUCAUCUACAUUAUCGAUGACAUCUUCGAUCUCGUUGCCACACAAGAGGAACUCUCCCACUUUAAUGGAGCAAUCAAAAUGUGGGAUCCUGAAGCUUGUAAUUCACUCCCUAGAUACAUGAUAGCAUGCUACAAGGCUCUUUAUACCGUCACAAAUGAUAUAGCCGACAUGGUCAAAAACGAGCAUGGAGUGAACUCCAUCAAUCAUCUCAAGAAAGCUUGGGCAACUUUAUUUGACGGAUUCAUGAUUGAGGGGGAGUGGCUAUCAGCUAAUCAGGCCCCUACAUCACAGGACUACCUAAGAAACGGUGUUAUCACUUCAGGAGCACCACUCGUGUUUCUCCAUAUUUUCUUUCUGCUAGGGCAUGAUAUAACAGAGGAUGACAGUGACCACAUCCCCCGAGUCGUCUACUGCCCUGCAAAGAUCAUGAGACUCAUGGAUGACUUGGGUAGUGCAGAGGAUGAAGCACAAGAAGGACUUGACGGAUCAUACAAGGAUUUGUACUUAAAAGAGAACCCGCGUGGAGAUGCAGAGCAGCACAUGCUACAAAUUAUCGAGGGUGAGUGGGAGGAGCUUAAUAGAGAAUGCUUCUCCAAGACGAAUUCAUCACUGUCGCCUAGCUUCAUCGGUGCAUCGCUCAACUUUGCGAGAAUGGUCAGUGUUAUGUAUGCCUACAACAGCGAGAAGAGGCUCCCCGUCCUUGAGGAUUACACCAGGAUGUUCCUCCUGUGA